GUUAUCUUGAUUUUAAAAAUACAUCCACCCUUCCCACAAUCCUCUUCUAAAACAAUCACAAGAGGAAAUGGUGGCUUCUCUUAGGUGCUGUAAAGCACACAUUUUCGUUAAACCAUCUUAUUUUAAUACGCUUCUUCGAUGAAAUGUUAUCACGCCUAAUUCUGCCAGUAAUAAGUAAGAUCGAAUGUCUAAUAGCGUCGGCUUGACGACGUAUCAAUGGUACGCCCAUGGCAAAUCGGCGACAACACUUGCCUCGAGACAGAUAUCACAGAGAAUACGAUUCCCAUAGCAGUGAUUCUGAUAUCUCGGACACAGAUGAUAGAAAAAAAACUUGCAUAAAAAAAUCUAGCUCCAUUGGUCCAACACGCUCCAAACCUUGUCUUGUUAAUCGAACUCGUUCUCAAAGCUUUGACAACACCAGUAGCAACGAAGAUUGUCCCUCUUGUGAACUUCAGGGCAGUUCAAGUAUGUAUUCCAGAUCUGGACCUCAUAACUUAGAAAUAGCUCCCUAUCAACACCAGUAUAACUCCAAUAAAUUACCUGAUUUUGGACCUGAGGGUGCAAUGGCUUUUUCAUUGCCUAUGCAGGCAUCACCAAAAAUUAGUUGCAGUAGCCCACGGCCUUCUGAGCGCAUUACUUUAGUUGUGGAUGAGACAAGAUUUAUUGUUGACCCUGAGUUGUUACGUCAGCGUCCUGAGACAAUGUUGGGCAGGAUGUUUAGUUCAUCUCUAGAAAAUAAUUUUACAAGGCCUAAUGAAAGAGGAGAAUUUGAAGUAGCUGAUGGCAUUUCAGCGACUGUGUUUCGAGCAAUUUUGGAUUAUUACAAAACUGGGGUUGUUAGGUGUCCACCUUCUGUGCCAGUCCAUGAGCUUAGAGAAGCUUGCGAUUAUCUUCUGGUACCCUUUGAUGCUUCAACUGUUCGAUGUCAGAAUCUUCGUGCGUUUCUUCAUGAACUGUCUAAUGAGGGAGCCCGCAAACAAUUUUUAGAGUAUCUUGAAGAUUUACUGCUUCCUCAAAUGGUCAUUUGUGCUCAGAGAGGUGACAGGGAGUGCCACAUUGUUGUGCUGACAGAUGAUGACAUUAUUGAUUGGGAUGAAGACUACCCACCACAGAUGGGUGAAGAGUAUUCACAGAUUGUCAAUAGUACCUGCUUGUACAGGUUCUUUCGCUACAUUGAAAAUCGCGAUGUUGCUAAGCAAGUUCUAAAGGAUAGAGGAUUGAAGAAAAUUCGUUUGGGGAUUGAAGGCUAUCCAACAUACAAAGAGAAAGUGAAGAAAAGGCCCGGAGGCAGAGCUGAAGUGAUCUACAACUAUGUCCAAAGACCCUUCAUGAGAAUGUCCUGGGAGAAAGAGGAAAACAAAAGCAGGCAUGUUGACUUUCAGUGUGUCAAGUCCAAAUCUAUUACCAAUCUGGCCGCCGCUGCAGAUGAAGCUGCUCUCCAUCACCACGAUCAAGGCAUGGUGCAGCAUGCCCAGGAUGGCACCAUCAAUGUCAUCCCGCCACAGCCUUCACCCUCAGAGCCUUAUCCGGAUGUUCAGCUUCCUCCAGAGCCCCUGGAUUAGUAUGGAUCUUCAAGAGCUAACAUAUCCCACCCCACCGUAAUGUGUGGAGCUGUCCACAAAACUGGUGAAUUUUGUACCGACAUUAUGAUGCGUGAAGUCUCUACAUCCUCAAAUUUUGACUUUGCACUGCAUUCAGUGCCAUGGCCAGGCAUUACUGUAAAUAGCUCCAUAGCAGUGCAGUGUUUCUUAUGCUACGUUUUGUUUUUCCUGUGGUUUGGAGCCCAGGAUUCUAUCUCUAUCCCAAUGUAUUGGGUAACUUCAACCUUCCAACUAGGUGUGUCUCUUGGAUUGACUGCAUUUGGUCACACAGUCACUGAACUCAUAUCCACUUGUUUGAGUCGACUCCUUGUGUUCUUGGAAAUGUUUUAUUUUUUACCUCACACCUGACAAACUCACUGAGGAAUAAAAGAUGGUCUCUUUAAUCCAGAUUCUAUUUGCUUACUUUAUAAAGAACUUUUUUUUUUAAUUUGUUAAAUUUUUAUUUUUUUUUAUGUUUUUAUUUAUUGUUCUAUUGUGCAUGUUUAACCUGUUUUGUGGAAAUAAUUUUUUUCCAUUAAAAAAAAAUCAUUCCUUACGAUUUCGCAAAUAGGAAUUCUUUUGUUUAAAGUAUAAAUCUUUGAUUACCAUUGAAAUGCUCUUUAUCUUUUCUAUGACUAUUACUCUACAGUCUUGCCAUUUUUUUGUAAACACAUGUGCAAUAGAAACAAAAUGUGAAUGCAUUCAUGCACACCGUCAAAUCUUGUCAUUGUUGACAUGGGAGGAACCUAAUGGGCUGCUAGCCAGUCACAUGGGGAGAAAGUCAAUGGUGUGAAAAUGUUGGUACAAGAAAGAUUUCACAACAAAAAAACUAAUCCAAAAAGUAUUUGAUUUUUUAAAACUAAAUAUUAGCCAAAAGUUAUGGAAUUGAAAACAACAAAAUGAUUCCAAUUGAAUGAACCUUUUAGAUGGAACAUGAAACAAAAGGCUCACAUACUUCUCUGAAUGUGAGAAACCUAUCACCAAAUCUCAUUUUAUUUUUAAUUUAUAUAUAAUUUAUUUUCGAAAUGUCUGUAAUGUAUACAAGAUGUGACAUAAUAUGAAGCUAAAGAUUUUUCAAAUGAAAAAAUUGUAUCUAAAGGGGGUCCUACUUUUAUGCAUAAAGAAUAUAAUUAUUUACUGUUUUGAUGGAGGUACAACACAAAGUGAAGGCUUCAAGGUUUGCUUGUUUUUCAGUAAUAUAAAUACUGGUAUACCCCCCAAAAAAUUGUAAUUUUACUCAGGAAGCAUUUUGUUAAACACUUAGAAAUACAAACUUUUCUAUGGCUUUUGUAGAAUGUAAAAAAAAAUAUGCAUCUGAUACAUGCAUCUACUUUAAAAAACACUGGAGUAGUCUGUUAGACUAUUCUCUGCCAUUGUUUAUUACUGUUAGUUGUAGAAGUCCCUUUUUUUCUUAUUAUUGACACUCUAGCAUGUGUCUUUAACAAAAUGUACAGUAGCCAACAACUGGGUUUUAGUAUUUUACAUUGUAAUAUUGUAUAGUUAUAUCCUUACCGUUCAUUUGAUUUUAAAGCUUUUGUUUUCUCUUUGUAAAGGCCAGUUGAAUGGCUAGCUGCCUUAUGUGGUUAGUCUAUGUAUCACUGCAUUAGCCAGUGUGCCUACAUUUUCUGAAGAUGCGUGACAGAGUAGCAUUGAUUGAAGACGCAUGUAACUCUAGUUCACUUUAAAACUUUAUGGACAGUGUGUACGCUAAGAGAUAGUCAUUGCUGCACAGAUAGUUGUAUUUGUCUAUUUUCUCAGAAGAAAUGUUUGGGUUAGGAUGCAUAUCAUUUCUAACAUUGCUGGUGAUGACAACUUUGUGUGCAGAUUUGUGCUAUUUAAGUCUGUGAAGCAAUGGUUAAACUGGAGCCACUGCUUUGAUUACCCGCCUCAUGUGAGCUGAACAUUUGAGUGCAGAUUUUGGGAUGAGUCAUUGUUAUCAGAAAAUGUAAAACGUUCAAUUUCAGUACUAUUUUGAAGUUGGAAAAGUUGAAAUCAUGCUGUCUUCUACUCAUCCUCAAUGUCUUGGUACAUCAGUUUCUUCAAUCAUUUACUAUCAUUUCCAGACUUUGACGUGAUUAAGCACGAACUAAUUUUCUACUUCAAUUUUGAAACUCUGAGCCUAUUGUUAAUGGAAGUAAGGGGAAACUUGUCAUCAAGAAUGUGUGUGUGCUUAAACACUUUCAGAUAAUUCAUCCUGACAUUGUGUUGCAGUGUAGUGCAGUGUGACCUUGAUCUGAAAGCCCUACAGUGUUCUGGUCGUCUUUCUGCUAGCUUCAAGCCCUUGUAGCAGUUCAGUCUUCUUUUAUGCACUUCUUGUGUCACAGCUCUGACAUAGGAAACCAAGUUAUACACAUUUUCUGAUGUUCUAAUGUGCUGUUAAUAAAAUGAAUGAUAAAGUAGAAUGAUAAGUUAGGUUACAGAAUGUCCUCCCCUUUGUAAUACCCAGAAUUUCCUCCCCUUUGUAAUUCAACAAAGUUAUGGGUGCCUUUAUGUUCAACCAUCUAGAAUCAUAGCAGCAUAUCUAGACCAUAAACAUGUGGAUAGUAUAGAGUUGUUUUAGUUUUUAUUUAUCUAGUAGAGGGGUAUUGUGACAUUUAUUUGCAAAUAAAGCGUAUUGUUUUUGAAAAACUUAAUAGCCUAACCAAAUCAAGAUUCAUUAAAGUCAUUAUUGGUUCUCUUGUCUUCUUUAAUGUAUAACACAUUCAAAGACAGGCUGUUGGGGGAAGAAAUUAGAUUUUGUAUGUAAGUUGUAUUUUUAAUAAAUAAAAACAACACUAAAAAACAAUUGAUAGUUAUGGAAGAGCUAGCAAUUGAUCUCACUGCUGUGUAGAUUUAUGAAGCUGUAACUGUCUCUAGUUUAUGUAGUAGACAAACAUGACCAAGUUGUAAUUGUAAUUGAGCAUCACUCUGUUGUGGAAUACUGACCUAUAUUUGUUGUACAGAGACUUAUGGGUAAUUCUGCAUGCACAUGUUAACAGAAAUGCUGUGUUAAGUGUGUGAUGUUUGUUAAGGUCAUGAUCACUCUUAUAGUAGGAUCUAGUUAGUACUUCAAAGUGGCAUAUCUAACUUGUACUUCCAAGAGACAAUUAGGUUGUCAUAGUAACUGCCAAGCUCCAAAAUGAUCAUUACCUCUACUUCCUGCAGCUUGUGAUGGUGUAACAUCUGGCCAUAGACCCAACUGAUCUAGAUAAUUCUAUAUCUUCAAUAGAAUGCACUAAUAAUUUGUAUGCUUUUGUAUUCUGCAUUAUUUACAAUAACUAUACUGGAAGUAAUAAUCAGAUUUAUUAUUUUUAGCCAUUAAUCUCAUGAACAGAAAUUAAAAUUUGUUUUUUUGACAUUUUAAAAAAUGGAACCAAUGGUUUGUAACUCUUUUUGUGCUGUAACAGAGUAUUUUACAAUCAAUAGUAUGGUACACACAACUUUAUUAAAUAUGAAUAAGUAAAUAGAUACUGUAAAUAGAUACUGACAGUUCUUGGAGAAAUUUUUCUGACAUGAUGACAUGUGAAUGGUGUGGUCAAGAUUAGUGUAGCAGGUUUUAACAAAAAAAAAUGCUAAGGUACAAUGUGGUAGGUUAUGCUGAGAUUCAUGGCUGUGAUACAUGAAUAUGUGUACACAUUAUUUUUUUUUUGUGAAGUGAAAUAAAAUAUUCAAUUUGAUGAUUAA